GAGCGAUAUAAAAGAGAAAUAAAAGAGAAAGAAGAGAGUGAGGAAAAGAUGUGUGAGGAGAUGAAGAGAGAACGAGAGGAAUGGGAGAAACAGAAACUGGAGGAAAAGACAAGAAGAGAAGAACAGAAGAAAAGGACAGAGAGAGAAAAACAGAUUAGUGAUGAACAGAUUCAGAGACUGAAGAGUGAAAUGGAGGGAAUAAUCAGAGAGAAAGAGAGAAUAGAAAGACAGAGACAAGAAGAACUAGAGGAUUUAGAGAAGAGACUGAAAGAAGAAAGAAACACGAGAGAAGAUCAACAAAAGACUUCUGAAGAAACACUGAAACUCCUUGAAGAACAGCAUGAAGAAGAACUGAAGAGAAAACGAGUGGAGUGGAGAGAGGAAUAUGAACGAGAGAAAGAGGAGAUGAAGAAGAAGAUCUGCUCUGAAACUGAUCAGGGAGAAAACAAAGACAUCAUCACUGCAGAAGUCAGAGCAGAAAGAAUACAGCAUCUAUUACACAAACUUCAUCUUGAAGACAGGCACCUCAACAAACUGAGAGCUGCAGAUGUUCUUCAGAUAACUGAACAUUCAUUAGUCUCAUGAGUCUUGUGCUGAAGAAGAGCUGAUUCACACUUUCAUACAAAAACUACUGAUGAUGGACUACAGAGCAAGAUGCAUUAAAACGAAAGAGAAGAAU